UUGAUCGUAUUUGUAUAAAUAUCUAGAUGGGUUGAUCGUAUUUGUAUAAAUAUCUAGAUGGGUUGAUCGUAUUUGUAUAAAUACCCUAAAUGGGUUGAUCGUAUUUGUAAUGUAUAAAUAUCUAGAUGGGUUGAUCGUAUUUGUAUAAAUAUCCUAAAUUGGUUGAUCGUAUUUGUAUAAAUAUCUAGAUGGGUUAAAUGAUAUGCUGAAUAAGGUUGAGAAUAAUAUUGAAUGUUUGCUGAACAAGCAUCUGGAAAUCAUAAACUUACAAUCUCGGAAGAAAAGGUCUGAAACUGUUCCAAUUACACAAACCGUGUAUCAGUAUCAGAAGAAAGCAAAGAAGUGCAAAAACGUUCAAAGUUCUGGAAUUGCAAGUGGAAGCAACUCACUCAGUUACAUGUCCUUUGUAGCAGCGAUUAUAACUUUAGUUUUGAAUAUCAACAACAACAUUAAUGCAAACAACAACAACAACAACCUGGUUAACCUCAAUCUGGGGAACAACAACAACGUUGUGACGAAUUUGAACCAAAAUGUUGGGAACAAUUUCAAUCUCAUGUUCCCUCCUGGUAAAAGAAGGAAAAGAAGAAAUGUUAAGAAGAAUGGGAAAAUAAGAGUAAAAAAAUCUUUAAUUCGGAUGAGGAACCACAGUGACCAGUGCACACUGCACACACCAUCGUUCAUGCAAUAAUCUGUCUCCUUUUAGUAAAUCUUUUCAUAAAAAAAGUAUAAAACAAAAUAUAUUUUUUUUAAGUGUAAAAUAUUAUUACAACAAUAUAAUAUUAUAAAAAAGUAUGCAUAAAUAUAUAAAUUAAAGAAAACGAUACCUUUUUUGUCUUGUGUAAUUGUACAGACAAGUUAAGAGACCCAAUCCUUUACACAUGUGUAAGAUAGUAUUUUUGGAAAGCAAAAGCGUGUUUUUGUACAUAAUUAGCGUGCAAGAUAAGGCAUAGUUUUGUAGCGGAUAGAAAAGGCUUUUAUUUUCACUAAAAAAUGAUUUUGUAUUUUUACAUGAGUUUAAAAUCAAACAGAAAAAUAUUUGAUAACAUUUUUAUCAUAAUGCAGGCGAAAAUGGAGUUAUUUUUGGCAUUAAGGUACAUUUUUGUAAAAUAUAUAUGAUUCAAGGUGGAAGGACAUUGUUUACUUAAUCAUUUCUUUUAUGAAAUCUAGUAAAAUUAAUAGAAAAAUAACUGUAUUGUUUUAAUCCAUAUUGUAUCAACCUUUGAGAUUUUACUUUAAAUAUUUAUGAAAUCUAAUAAUAAAAAUACAUUGAUUAGAAACAUAAAGUUUGAGGCAAUGUUUAGUUUUAAUUUGGUUGGAUUUUUUUAUUUAAACUUUUCUCUUAGAAUCCAAAAUCCGAGCGUGUUGAAAAAAGCAUUUAAAUGGAUUUUACAGGUUUCGAAAUUAUAUCGAAUCGCUGAGCGACACGGUUGAAUACAGGAGUUACAAAAAUACUUUAAACUUCACUGAACUUUGUUUUUAGAAUUUUGUUUUAAAUGUCAAGAAUAAUCAUCCUUAAACAGAUUUUCGAAAUCUUACAUUUACAUUUAACAUUUCAGAUUUUCAAUAAAUAAUAUCGUUGACUGAAAUUGCAACGUGCAAAGUUAUUUCACUUUCUUCCAAGUGGAAAAAUGUUUUAUAAAUUACUACAGGGUGAUAAAAUGAGAGUGAGACUGAAACUCUUUAGAUAAGACGAUUUCAAUGUUAAAUUAUGUGUUCUGCUUUGAAUAUAGUUUUUUAAUGUCGUUUUUAUUGAUUUUGCAAAGAAAGAAAGAAGUUUAAAAAUACAGGGCAAUGUGAAUAUAAGGAAACAGAUAGUUGUGGGUGUAAUCAAUCAUGUAUGAAAGUUUUCUUGUUUUGUUUAAUAAAGUUAGAAUAAAUAUAAAAAUUGGC